AAGCAGCGCAACUGAGCCGCAUCUUCAUCUCAUCCAAAUCUACCAAAACCAUCAACAAAGCCUUCCAACACAAUGGCCGAAGAAGAGCCCACCCCCAAGACCGGACCCGGCCGCAAAGUCCCCCUGCGCGUCCUAGUCCUCGGCCUUCCACGCACCAGCACUACUUCAUUGAUCAGCGCUCUCCGUCAGCUUGGCUACAACCCAUACACUAUGCGCUCCCUCAUGGAAAACCCCAGCAAUAUCCCCGUGUGGCAAGAAGCCGUCAAUAGCACGCAAUACGCCUCUGGCCUACCCUUGACUAUCAACGACAUUCUCUCCGACUACGACUCUGUUGCGGACCUGCCGGGAUGCAUGUUUGCGCAGCAGUUGAUUGAAGCGUAUCCCGACGCCAAAGUGAUCUUGACGACGAGGAGGUAUGAAGACUGGGAGAAGAGCAUGCAGGAAAGUAUCUGGGUGCUCUUUACAUGGCGGUUAUUCGAGAUCUGCAGGAUCCUGGGUGUCAGUCGCAUGGCGCCGCUGAUUCGUCUCCUACACUCAUUAUUCGGCAUGCAUAAUGGGAAUCAGUACGGCGGGUACGAAACAAGGCGCGCAUAUGAAGCUCACAAUGAGAGGGUUAGGGAGAGCGUGGGGAGCGAGAGGUUGUUGGAGAUUGAUGUGGAUGGGGGAAGUGGGUGGGGGGAGUUGUGUGGGUUUUUGGGAGUGGAGAGGCCGAAAGAUGUCGAGUAUCCGAGAUUCAAGGAGGAUAUGGCGAUGCGGGCGGGGCUGGAGCAGACUUGGUUCAGUAUGGUGAGGUAUUUGGUGUUGAUGGUUGUGCUGCCGGGUGUUGUGCUAAUUGCUGGAGGGUUGCUGUACUUGUAUGCGGAUGACUUGAGAAGUGCGAGAGAUCAGUGGGUUAUUGCGCCUUUGAAGGAUUAUCUGAACUCGUAA